AUGUUUUUGCGUGGAAAAUACCUACACUGGGCUGUGACGGCUGCUAGCUGUCAGGCCUUCCUUCUCCUGGGCUAUGACCAAGGAGUGAUGAGCGGCCUGAUUGGUGCUAACAAUCAGUUCGGACAGACAUUUAAUAAUCCCGACAGUACGAUGCAAGGACUAUUGACUUCGAUCUAUGAUAUUGGCUGUGCAGUUGGCUGUUUGCUCAGUCUUGUCAUUGGCCACCGGUUCGGUCGUCGCAAGAUGAUUAUUGCGGGCGGCUCGAUCAUGAUCAUCGGCACAAUCAUCCUGGGCAGCUCAUAUUCGGUGGCCCAGUUUCUCGUCGGUCGUAUCGUCACCGGCAUAGGCAACGGCAUCAACAGCAGCACCGUUCCAGCCUACCAGUCGGAAUUGGCACGACCAGAAGCACGAGGCAGGUUGCUCUCCGCACAGGGCACUGUCACCAUCCUCGGCCUAUGUAUCGCAUACUGGUUAGAUUAUGGACUGAGCUUCGUGGACACUCCUGUUCAAUGGCGGUUCCCAAUCAGUUUCCAGGCUUUCUUCGCUCUGUGUUUGGUCUUGCAGAUGAUUCCCUUGCCCGAUUCGCCUCGAUGGCUCUGCGAGCAAGAUCGAAGUGACGAGGCAGCGUCAGUCCUAGCGCACCUCCAGUUGCAGCAACCUGCCAAUGAGUCGAGCCCUGAUGUUGUGCAUCUCCGUCGUCAAAUUGAAACUUCCAUUGAGAUUGAGUCUGCUGGCGGACCAUUCAAGUAUAAGGAGCUUUGGUCGGGUGGCUCAAUGGGCAAUCUUCGUCGCAUGAUUCUGGCUGCUGUGGUCAACAUCCAGCAGCAGUUUACCGGCUCCAAUAUGAUUAAUUACUAUGCACCCGUUGUCUACCAGAACGCCAUGCAUCUUUCUCGCAACCUCUCCUUGGUCCUAGGUGGCUGUACCUCCCUCGCAUACCUCGUCGGAUCUGUGAUACCGUUAUGGAGCAUGGAUAAAUUUGGCCGACGAGUAUCGCUCAUGGUGUCCGCAGCUGGCCUUUGCUUCUGCUUUGUGAUGACUUCAAUUCUUCUUUCAAUCGGCACCGCCAAGUGUGCCUACGCGGCCACUGUAUUUGUCUUCAUUUUCCAGCUGUUCCUUGGUAUCGGCUAUCUACCAGUCCCAUGGUUCUAUCCUUCUGAGAUUUCAACCACCCGUAUCCGGGCCCGAGCUCAAGCCUUCGGUGGUUUUGUCAAUUGGAUCUGUGUUUUUAUCGUUGUCCAGAUAACGCCGACGGCUAUUGACAACAUUGGAUGGAGGACGUUCAUCAUCUUCGCCUGCUUCUGCUUUGCAUGGAUCCCCAUUGUGUUUUUCUUCUUCCCCGAGACUAAAGGUUUGGAGCUUGAAGAUGUUGAUCACCUGUUUGAAGCGGGUGGGAUAACUGGAGGUGUUUGGGCAUCAAGGGGAUACCCUGUCCACCCAGGGCAUCACCGGGCUAUGAACGAGGAGAGGAUUGAGAAACCUAUCGCGGAAGCUAUUCACGUCGAAGUAUAA